AAUGCAGAACAACCACAAGGACCGAGAGCCCAAAGGAGGGGCUUUGUAACGGGCCUGACAGGAGACAGGAAUCGGCCAAGUUUGCCUGACAUCCAUCAGCCAGGCCCUGGAUACCCGGUUCCCAGCCAUCUUUGCUCUGGACUUGUCCUGUGUCCUCUGCUCCUUCCCCAAGUCUCAGCCAUGGCCAUGGCGGUAGCCCAGAGGUUCAGCCACCUGCUGUCCAGUCUGUGGCAGGUUGGCCAGGGGCCUGUGCAGCCAGAGCCCGUGUUCACGGUGGGCCGUGCCGAGGUGCCACCCCUCUUCUGGAAGCCCUACAUCUACGCGGGGUACCGGCCUCUGCACCAGACCUGGCGCUUCUACUUCCGCACACUCUUCCAGCAGCACAACGAGGCGGUGAACGUGUGGACGCACCUGCUGGCUGCGCUGGCGCUGCUGCUGCGGCUGGCCGUGUUGGUGGGCACGGUGGACUUCCAGGAGGACCCGCACGCCUUGCCACUCUUCAUCAUCGUCCUGGCUUCCUUCACCUACCUCUCCUUCAGCGCCCUGGCACACCUCCUGCAGGCCAAGUCGGAGUUCUGGCACUACAGUUUCUUCUUCCUGGACUAUGUGGGUGUGGCCGUGUACCAGUUUGGCAGCGCCCUGGCACACUUCUACUAUGCCAUUGAACCUGCCUGGCACGCCCAGGUGCAGGCCAUCUUCCUGCCCACAGCUGCCUUCCUCGCCUGGCUUUCCUGUGCUGGCUCCUGCUACAACAAGUAUACCCAGAAGCCAGGCGUACUGGGCCGCAUGUGCCAGGAGGUGCCCUCGGCGCUGGCCUACGCGCUGGACAUCAGUCCCGUGGUGCACCGCAUCCUGAUGUCCCCUCACCUUGACACGGACGACCCGGCUCUUCUGUACCACAAGUGCCAGGUGGUCUUCUUUCUACUGGCUGCGGCUUUCUUCUCGACCGUCAUGCCUGAGCGCUGGUUCCCCGGCAGCUGCCACAUGUUUGGGCAAGGCCACCAGGUGUUCCACGUCUUCUUGGUGCUGUGCACACUGGCUCAGCUGGAGGCUGUGUCGCUGGACUAUGAGGCCCGGCGGCCCAUCUAUGAGCCUCUGCACACUCGCUGGCCCCACAACUUCUCCGGCCUCUUCCUACUCACUGUGGCUAGCAGUGUGCUCACUGCCCUCUUUCUCAGCCAGCUGGUGCGCCGCAAACUCCAUCGGAAGAUCAAGUGAAGGGUG